AGUCGUCGUCUCUUCUAAUCUAUGUGAUACCGUCCGUCACCGCGUCACGACUCACGAGUUAGAAGAACAAAAGCGCCAUACCAGAUUGUUGAGAGAGAAAGAAGGGAUAUAGAGAGAGAAAAUGGAUAGGGUGUUCUCGGUGGAAGAUAUUCCCGACCCGUUUUGGCCACCGCCACCGCCACCGGUGGCGCCGGCGCCGGCGCCGCCCUCUCAGUCAUCCACAGUGCAGCAACUCGAGGAUUUAAAAAUGAACCGGAGCUCGUCCGAGUGGGCUUUUCAGAGGUUCCUGCAGGAAGCUUCUUCUGUAGCUGAAACUUCGCCGUCUUCCGUGUCUGCAGCUUCGUCCGUUACUCCGCCUUUCGCGUCUCACGAGGCUUCACAGAGACCUGCCAAUGGACGUGACGAUGAAGUCGUUGAGAUCAAGAAGCCUCCUCCUCCCCCUCCUCCGCCUCACUCUGAUCCCUCUCCCAAUGUGCCGAUUGAUUCCGAGGAGUACCAGGCGUUCCUUAAGAGUCGUCUCAAUCUUGCUUGCGCCGCUGUUGCCUUGUCUCGGGCUGCCAAACCUCAUGACUCUGCUCUUUUAGCUGAAAAUGCAUCACAGACUUCAGAUGCUUCACAAUUGGGAUCUCAAACUUCUGCUAAAGGACCUGGAUAUGGAUUCUCCAGAGCUCAAGACAAGGCUUGUGGGGUUGGAGUUUCAGCCUUACCUGCUAUCCAGAAAAAAUUGGGGGCUCAGACUAAGCCAACAACCAGUGGAUCAUCAAGAGAGCAAUCAGAUGAUGAUGAAGUUGAUGGAGAAACAGAAAUAACUGAGAAUAUGGAUCCUGCUGAUGCAAAGCGUGUAAGAAGGAUGCUGUCAAAUAGAGAAUCGGCCAGACGCUCCAGAAGAAGAAAACAAGCACAUUUAAAUGAGCUUGAGAAUCAGGUUGCACAAUUAAGGGUUGAGAAUUCUUCAUUAUUGAAGCGUCUUGCAGACAUAAGUCAGAAGUACAAUGAAGCUGCUGUUGAUAACAGAAUUCUAAAAGCAGAUGUUGAAACAUUGAGGGCAAAGGUGAAGAUGGCAGAAGAGACAGUUAAGAGAGUGACGGGAUUUAACCCCUUUCUCCAGGCCAUGUCUGCUGAUAUAAACAAUAAUGAGGCCAUGGGCUUUUCUGGUAGCUCAUCUGACACAUCUGCAGAUGCUGCUGUCCCUGUGCAUGAUGAUCCUAAACGGCACUUCUGUCAACCUGCUGCUGGUGCUCCUCCUCCAUCUCAUCAUACUACAACACAUGAUCACAGAGUGAAUAAUGGUGGCUUGCCUGAUGUUCCUCCAGUUGCUGCGGUUGAAGAUGUGCAGCAUGUCACUGGGGACACAAAGAUGGGCCGGACAUCUUCCUUGCAGCGAGUGGCGAGCUUAGAACACCUGCAGAAACGGAUCCGUGGGAGCUCAAGUUCUUGUGGACCUGUUCAGUGGAAUGGUGGGUGGGACUCAGAAACCACCCAUACAGUGGAGAGCAGUGACAAACAGAAUCAAAUCUGAUGCUUUUGCAAGUUAUAGGACAUGUUGCAGUGUUUUUCUUGGCUGCAUGUACUGAAGAACUUCUAUUCUCUGUUAAAUGGCAAUUUGAUGCUGCAUUUCUCAACCCCGUAUUAAAUAUCUGCGGGGACCCAUUGUUUAGUACUCCAGAUGCUGUUGCCUGUUCACAAUUUGCAAUGUCCAUUGUUAACUUCGAAUGUUGAAGUUUGGCAUUUUCACCAUCUCAUUGAAAUUAUUUGUUUUACCAUAUGCCCUUCGGUUGUUCAGAUUUAAAUUAAUACUGAGAAGAUGGGAGAGGGGAGAAUUUGGUGGAUCAAAUAAAGACUGCUUCAUCUUUCGGAAAAAAAAAGCCUGCUUGUAAUUGUUUUGAUAUGGCUACUUUUUUGUUUAUGUUCCUAGGUCUUUGAAUGGAGCUACCGACUGGAUAGCUCGAAGGACUAAAGGUUCCAGAUGUCAA